AUGCAGGAAGCUCAAGUCGCUAAGGAACAGACUCAGGGCUACAAGUUGGACAGAUCUCAUAUCUUUGCUGUAAAGAUGUUUGACGAUUUUGAGAGGUCGAUGAAUGUGAGGGAGGAAUGGGAAGCUCCUCAAACCCAGCCUGAAGUCAUGUAUUUGUCAACUGCAUCAGGGUUAAGAUCUGUCGACGGAUACCAACUAAUAAUUGAAAAUUUGCAAAAAUGGCUUACUGAUGAAAAAGCCCGGGACCAGUUAGUCAUUCGCUCUGGCCCUGACACUGAAGUUUUAUGGAAUGAUGCUAAGAAGAAGAAGCCUGAACCAGUUCAUAAGUGUACUUAUUGGACAGAGAGUUAUGUGCAGUGGCCUCCUCUAGGUACAUACCUUGUGACACUUCACAAGCAGGGGGCAGCUGUCUGGGGUGGUGCUGAUUCCUUUGCCCUUCUCAUGCGUUAUCAGCAUAACAUGGUAAAACUAGUUGAUUUCCCACCAGGUGAGAAAUACCUUGUAACUUACCAUAGCCAAGAACCAAGCAACCCGAGAGAUGCAAGUAAAGUAGAGGUCAAGGUCUUUGAUGUGAGAACCGGGAAGAUGAUGAGAUAUUUCAAGGGUAGUGCUAGACGAGUUUUCAAUUAG